AUGAAAAAGAGCAAUUAAAGAACUAAGAUUAAUUGUGUAUAAGGCUUAGAUUGCUCCAAAUUCAGUUGUUCAUCAAAUUGCGUUAAAUGUUUAAAUCAAAAGUACUGUACUUAAUGUGAAUAUGGGUAUUUUAUUUAUCAGCCAACUUAUGAUACAUCCGUAUAGUUUUGUGUCAAAUGCCCUCUUGCAAAUGAGACAAAUAUAGUGAGUAAUUAGUAUUGUGCAGAAUGUAUUUUAAGUCCUUAAUUAUGGUAAUAUAAUUUAAAAUGUGAAAAAGUUAUAACUUAAAAUGGUAGUAGAGAUAUUGUUUCAUCUAACCUGAAUAAUUAUCUUUUUUAUUUGGCUGAAAAAGUGAAUAAUUAAGUAGAAUUUGUGGUAAAUGCAUAGAAGGAUAUGUAUUCAAUAUAGAGAAGCAGUCCUGCAUUAAAUGUUCUGAUCAAAUUUAGAAUUGCUUUUCAUGUGAAUAUGUGUCCAAUAUAUUAGUAUGCUUAUCGUGUUUUUAAGAAUAUUAUUUGUAACUAAUCAAUGGCACAACAAAAAACUAAUAGUGCUUAUAAUGCAGUUAAGCAUUUGCAGGAUGCAAAAUAUGUAAUAUUAAUGGAUGCCUUUAUUGCUAAGAUGGUUAUUUAGAGUAAAUUAGUUAAUAAAAUAAUCAAAUAACUUGUAAACAGCAGCUUUAAUGUACAGCAUCAAACAGUUAAAUAAUAAAUAUAGAUCAAACGUAAUGCUUAAAGUGUUAUUAGUUUGUUGAAUAAAAUUGUAGUAUAUGUCAAAUAGACUUUUCAAAUAAUACUUAUUCAUGUUUAAGUUACUGUGAUUAAUACAAGCAAUAUUACAAUAAAUCAAGUAAUACCUGCUAACCGUGCAGUGAAAAUUGUUUGGUAUGUAAUGAAACAGGAUGUACUUAAUGUGAGAAAAAUUAUGAAUUAAAUAGCUAAAAUCAGUGCAUAUUGA